AUGCCCGCACAAUACCCGCGGCCGCCACAGCGCGAUUCAUGGUUUGCGCCGCUCUCCAUCGACCUCUUGCUCAAAGUUCUCAACACCACGCUUCUUCACCCCUUUGUCUGUUGGAUUAUACCGUUGUGCUUCCGCGCGCAGACGGUAAAAUGGGAGGCCCCGCCUAUGGUGGCUGCCAUCGCUUGGGCCACCGUCGUCACGCUCUUUUGGAUGGCCAGCGUGAUCAACCAGCGCAUCGCCCACGGCAUCCCGCGUGAGGUGGACCUCAGUGAAGAGGUUAUUGUCAUUACGGGUGGUUCGAGCGGACUGGGCCUGCUCAUCGCUGAGGUGUAUGGUAUGCGCGGCGCGACGGUGGCGGUGCUGGAUGUCAAUGGCAUGGAGAACACGGAGGCGAGGGGUGUUACGUACUACAAGUGUGAUGUCGGAAACAAGGAGCAGGUCGCCAAGGUUGCGCUCGAGAUUGAGAAGGAUCUUGGCACACCGACUGUUCUCAUCAACAACGCUGCCAUUGUCAUUGGGAAGACACUUUUGGAUCUAUCACUGGAUGAGAUUGAUAAGAGUCUCACAACUAACCUCCUUGGACCUUUCUACUGCCUCAAGACAUUCCUACCCGCCAUUAUCCGCGGUGGACGGGGCGGCACCAUCGUCAACAUCUCCUCAGUCAUCGGCACCGUCGGCGCCGCACAGCUAACCGACUACGCCGCUGCAAAGGCCGGCCUCACAGCUCUGCAUCGCUCCCUAACAGCCGAACUACGCGAGAGCCACCCGGAGAUCCGAACAGUGCUAGUGACGCCCGGCCAGGUGAGCACGCCGCUGUUCUACGGGGUGCAGACGCCCAACUCGUUCAUCGCGCCUGUCGUGGAGCCCGUGGACGUGACCAAGGAGAUCGUGGCGGCUAUCGACAGCGGCAAGGGCGCUACGGUUGCCAUGCCGCUGUAUGCGCGGUGGGUAGACUGGCUGAAUGUGCUGCCGGUGGGAGUGCAGACUCUUGCGCGGCGGGUUGCGGGUGUGGACCGGGGGAUGAGGACGUUUAUUGGGAGGGACGGACAGAAGAUGGAGUGA